CCUCCUUUCCCCGCCCCCCGCCCGUAGUUUAUAAAAUCCGGAGCGAAGGAUUGAGCACGGGAACGGCGAGCGAGCGGAUAGGAAGACUGGGCAUGCUCCGCGGCGGCGCAGGUUUUGGUCACAAGUAGGAAGAAGCUAGUGCACGACACCGGCAAAGAGAAGCGGGAGCCGCUGCCGCGCCGCGGCUGUGGGGUCUGUCGCCGCCGCCUCAGAGCAAGCGCGGGGCGGGCGCGGGAGCAGGCGAGGGGCGAGGCUGCCGGGCCGAGAGUUGCCCAGCCUGCCCUCUAGUCUGCUGCUGAGCCCGCGCGUUUCGCCGGACUCCUGGGUCGGUCACCUGGGCAGCAAGGACCCCUCGCCGCGGAGUCGGAGCGGACCGGACACCCCCCCCCCAGCCCUCCGUCGGCUGCGGCCCGAGGGCGCCCCCCAGGGGCGGAGCAGCUGCCGUCACCGUCGCCUUCCGCGGCAGCCGAGUGUCCCGCUCGCGUCCCGCGCCCGGAGCGAGCCGCCGCCGUCAGUCCCUAGGAGAAAGAGGAGGGGGCGGCCAUGGGGCUGCUGUCCCAAGGCUCGCCGCUGAGCUGGGAGGAGACCAAGCGCCACGCCGACCACGUGCGGCGGCACGGGAUCCUCCAGUUUCUGCACAUCUACCAUGCGGUCAAGGACCGGCAGAAGGAUGUGCUCAAGUGGGGUGAUGAGGUGGAAUACAUGUUGGUGUCUUUCGAUCAUGAAAACAAAAAAGUCCAAUUGGUCCUGUCGGGAGAGGAAGUUCUUGAAACUCUACAAGAAAAGGGGGAAAGGACAAACCCAAACCAUCCUACCCUCUGGCGACCAGAAUAUGGGAGUUACAUGAUUGAGGGGACACCUGGGCAGCCGUACGGAGGAACGAUGUCCGAGUUCAACACGGUCGAAGACAACAUGAGACAACGCCGGAAGGAGGCGACGUCCUUGUUAAAAGAAAAUCAGGCUCUUUGCACAAUAACUUCGUUUCCCAGAUUAGGCUGUCCUGGGUUCACACUGCCUGAAUUCAAACCCAACCCAGUCGAAGGAGGAGCUUCCAAGUCCCUCUUCUUUCCCGAUGAAGCAAUAAACAAACACCCCCGCUUCAGCACCCUAACAAGAAAUAUUCGACACAGGAGAGGAGAAAAGGUUGUCAUCAAUGUACCAAUAUUUAAGGACAAGAAUACACCAUCUCCAUUUAUAGAAACAUUUCCUGAGGAUGAGGAGGCGGCGAAGGCUUCUAAGCCUGAUCAUAUUUACAUGGAUGCCAUGGGAUUUGGGAUGGGCAAUUGCUGUCUUCAGGUCACGUUCCAAGCCUGCAGCAUAUCUGAGGCUAGAUACCUUUAUGACCAGUUGGCCACUAUCUGCCCAAUUGUCAUGGCUUUGAGUGCUGCGUCUCCUUUUUACCGAGGCUAUGUGUCAGACAUUGAUUGUCGCUGGGGAGUGAUUUCUGCAUCUGUAGAUGAUAGAACUCGGGAGGAGAGAGGACUGGAGCCACUGAAGAACAAUAACUAUAGGAUUAGUAAAUCCCGAUAUGAUUCAAUAGACAGUUAUUUAUCUGAGUGUGGUGAGAAAUAUAAUGACAUCGAGUUGACAAUAGAUAAAGAAAUCUACGAACAACUGUUACAGGAAGGCAUCGAUCAUCUCCUGGCCCAGCAUGUUGCUCAUCUCUUUAUUAGAGACCCACUGACUCUGUUUGAAGAGAAAAUACACCUGGAUGACGCCAAUGAGUCUGACCAUUUUGAGAAUAUUCAGUCCACAAAUUGGCAGACAAUGAGAUUUAAGCCUCCUCCUCCAAACUCAGAUAUUGGAUGGAGAGUAGAAUUCAGACCCAUGGAGGUUCAGUUAACGGACUUUGAGAAUUCUGCGUAUGUGGUGUUCGUGGUGCUGCUUACUAGAGUGAUCCUUUCGUACAAAUUGGAUUUUCUCAUUCCGCUGUCAAAGGUCGAUGAAAACAUGAAAGUAGCCCAGAAACGAGAUGCUGUUCUGCAGGGAAUGUUCUAUUUCAGGAAAGAUAUUUGCAAAGGUGGCAGCGCCGUGGUGGAUGGCUGUGGCCAGGCGCGGAACAGCUCGGAGCUGGCGGCGGAGGAAUACACGCUGAUGAGCAUAGACACCAUCAUUAACGGGAAGGAAGGGGUGUUUCCUGGGCUGAUCCCAGUUCUCAACUCCUACCUCGAGAGCAUGGAGGUGGAUGUGGACACCAGAUGUAGCAUUCUGAACUACCUGAAGCUGAUUAAGAAGAGAGCCUCGGGAGAACUAAUGACAGUUGCAAGAUGGAUGCGAGAGUUUAUCUCAAACCAUCCUGACUACAAGCAAGACAGUGUAAUAACUGAUGAAAUGAACUAUAGCCUUAUUUUAAAGUGUAACCAGAUUGCACAUGAAUUGUGUGAAUGCCCAGAGUUACUUGGGCCAGUAUUUAGGAAAGUAAAAUAUAGCGGAAGUAAAACCGACCCUUCCAACUAGACCUGCAGAAGGAAAAAUGUAUUACUGUUUUAUGGAAGAACUGACUACAGUACUCUCAGCCGGUGUGUGGUGUGAAAACCAAGUAAUAGAACCAUACCGUGUCCUGGGCCAGUUGGCCAGAAAUGGAUUUAGAGGCUUCCUUCAGUAGGUAAAUCUAGAGUUUAUACAGUGAACAUGUACAUAGUAAAGUAUUUUUAUGAUUAACAGUGUAUUUUAACAUUAUAUCUAAAGUCAUUGUGGACUGGCUUGUACAUUUUUCAAUUCUUACUCUGGAGCAACUACUGGCUAAGCAGUUUUGUAAAUGUCAUGCACUAGUAAUCAAUCGUACUAUCCCUGCAUUCCAGAGUUCCAAAUGUUUACUGUAAAUUUUGUUUUUUUUUAAAGACUUUACCUAGCUAGGACCUGAUCCACUUAAAUCUAUCACUUCACUUUAAAAAGCUUGUCUUCUUAAUUUUCUUUGAGUCAUCGCCUUUGUUGUGUACACAAAAAAUCACUGUUGAAUUCAUUGAAGACUUCAAGGGUAACCUUGGAUUUCUGGCACCUUUUCUAUGUUGCUUUUGUAAUCAGAAUAGCUAACCACUUGGUAACCCUGCUCCAAGCUUUCAUCACUAAGUAAAACCCAUUGAACUCUGAUGGCUGUUAUAAAAGGUACUUUCCUUUGUUUGUUUAAUUUUGAUGACUCAGGCAUUAACAUUUAAAGACAACUCUGUAGGAAGGCAGGAGGCUAUUACCCUGAGUUCACGUGUAGUGAUUAUUGGGGGUGAUAUUCUAUUUUUCAAAAGGGGGAGAACCGUUUUUUUUUCUUCCUGUGCAUAAUUUACUAAAGACUGUUGUCCAAAAAUGGCAAUUUUUGUUGUGGCCCCUGUUUAUUCUGAUUGCUGCUGUAUAUUUAAAUUUUCGAAUCAAAUGCAGUUGCUGAAGUUUUGUUACUUUUUCUCUAGUUUCCAGUACACAUAUUGACAUAAAUUCUAAAAGUCAUUCACUCUCGAUAUUACCUGGUGGAUAUUCUACAUACUGCUAAUUACCUGUUCUAUGAAACUCAUAACUAAAUCAUGAUAUGCACUAAGUUUGGUGAAUCAGGACCCUAAAUGUUUAAUUGUAAAUAAUUUAAGUUUUCACAUAAUUAUUGUUAGAGCUUUUUGUUGAAGUUUUUUUUCCAAUUACUUAAAAGUCUUAACUGCUUCUGAAAAUAACUAUGUAUAGUAGAUUAUACAAACUUUAACAGGCAUCAAUAUUUAAACUGUAAUACUAAUUUUAUGAGAUUGUGAGAAAGCUGCUUCAGCUCAGUUUAUGUAUAAAUACUAGGGUUUGUGCUAUAUUUCAUAUUUGCAUUUUGGAGGAUUAAAGAAUGCCUGUUUUUCAUUUGCUUGUAAAUCAGGUUGUAAAAAGGCAGAUAAACUAAAAUGUUUGUUGUAUGAGGAAAUAAAAGAAUGGAAUUAGCAUUCUGAAAA